AUGCCCACUAAACACAGUAAACAGCUUCACCACUCCUAUAAGACGCCCACUAGACACAGUAAACAGCUUCACCACUCCUACAAGACGCCCACUAGACACAGUAGACAGCUUCACCACUCCAACAAGACGCACACUAGACACAGUAGACAGCUUCACCACUCCAGCAAGACGCCCACUAGACACAGUAGACAGAUUCACCACUCCAGCAAGACGCCCACUAGACACAGUAGACAGUUUCACCACUCCUACAAGACGCCCACUAGACACAGUAGACAGCUUCACCACUCCAACAAGACGCCCACUAGACACAGUAUACAGCUUCACCACUCCAACAAGACGCCCACUAGACACAGUAGACAGCUUCACCACUCCAGGGAGACGCCCACUAGACACAGUAUACAGUUUCACCACUCCUACAAGACGCCCACAGACACAGUAGACAGCUUCACCACUCCAACAAGACGCCCACUAGACAAAGUAGACAGCUUCACCACUCCUACAAGACGCCCACCAGACACAGUAGACAGCUUCACCACUCCUACAAGACAGCCACUAGACACAGUAAACAGCUUCACCACUCCUACAAGACAGCCACUAGACACAGUAGACAGCUUCACCACUCCAACAAGACGCCCACUAGACACAGUAUACAGCUUCACCACUCCAACAAGACGCCCACUAGACACAGUAGACAGCUUCACCACUCCAGGGAGACGCCCACUAGACACAGUAUACAGUUUCACCACUCCUACAAGACGCCCACAGACACAGUAG